AUGGGGCGCCGGAAAAUUGAGAUGAAAAAGAUUGAAAAUAGUUCAACAAGGUUGGUAGCAUUUUCAAAGCGUCGAACAGGUCUUUUUAAGAAAGCAAAUGAAAUUUCUACCUUAUGCGGUGUAGAAAUUGCAAUCAUCGUCUUUUCUCCGGGUGGAAAAGCUUUCUCUUUUGGGCAACCAAGCGUCGAAAAAGUGCUUCAACAAUAUCAAAACAAAAAUCGACACAUUCAAAUUCAAAGUUCUAAGACUCAGAAGGUUAGAAGUCUCAAACUUACUCAAAAAUUUGCUAAUUUGGAUGCUCAAUUAGAAAUUGAAAAUAGAAAUUCGGAAAUCCAUCAAGUGGCGAUGAAAUGUAAGAUCGACACAAAUCAAUCAAUAGCACAACUUGGUCUCGAUGAACUUUUGAAGUUACAAGAGCAAAUAGAAGAUCUUUCUAGUAAAUCAAAGAUGCGAGUGCGGGAAAUUGAAGCAUCACAUGCUCUAUUAAUGUUAGCAAAUACUAGCAAUUCUAGAAAGUAA